AUGCUACGAUGCUUCCAUCUACUGGUGACGCUCUCGCUACUAUUGACUCACGUGUUUUCCCAGGCAAUUAACGACGGUGCUAAUGAAUAUGAGGAUACCAGUGAGAAUGUUAAGGAGGACACGUUACCUGUCUCUGUAGCUAAGGUGGACGUCAACACUGCGGUCUUUGAGCGUGCAGACGUCGACCACAACGGUAUCGUAGACCAGAAGGAGUUUGCAGCCUUUAUAACGUCUCUUAAGCAUGCAAUGGAUCCGUUCUUGGGACAUGUUCCAAUUGAUACCACGGUGGGACCAUGGACGACGGGAAUCGGUGGCACACGCGUUAAGCUGCGCACGGGUGAUCCUCACAAGUUUUGGUCUGGUUUUGUGAGCGGUAUUUUGACCAUUUGGGCGACAGAGAUUGGGGACAAGACAUUCUUUAUUGCUGCUAUUUUGAGCAUGAAGAAAGAUAGGGUUGUGGUGUUUGCUGGGGCUAUUGGUGCAUUGAUUGUGAUGACGGUGCUAUCGGUUGUCAUGGGCGUCGUGGCCACCAAGUUCUUGCCCCCGAGUGUAACGCACUACUUGGGUGGAGUGUUGUUUAUAGCGUUUGGGAUUAAGAUGCUGUAUGACGCGAGGGAGAUGAACGCGGUGGGCCCGUCCGACGAGCUAACAGAAGUGGAGGAAGAACUUAUGGGCAAGAAAGACGAUGACACCAUUCAGGCCGAACAAGUGGAGGAAGGUGUGCUCAAGACCAAGAACACGACGGACGGUAUGAUGCAGGUGUUUUCACAGGCGUUUGUCAUGACGUUCCUGGCAGAGUGGGGCGACCGUUCACAGAUUGCGACUGUGACGCUUUCAGCUACUAAGGACGCGUUUGGCGUCACGUUGGGCGCGAUCCUCGGUCACUCGAUGUGCACGGGAAUUGCUGUCGUGGGCGGCAAGUUUCUCGCCACACGCAUUUCAGAGCGGACUGUGACACUUGUAGGCGGUGUCGUUUUUGUGCUAUUUGCGCUGCACUCGUUCGUGACAAGACCUAGUGUGCCGGAGUAG